CACUCAAUAAAAAAUAAAUAAAUAAACAAAGAACUAUGACUGCUACUGCAAACCCAUCUCCAAAUCCCCAAGAAUCUGACCUUUUAUCUCGUUCUGUCAAACGCAUCAAAGGGGAUGGUAAUCCCCCUAUUGCUGAAGAAUAUCAUCUCUAUGAAGCUCCCCCCAAACUAUUGUCAUACAAAGACAUGUUGUCCUCACUCGAACCCACUUCUAUUCUCUGUGACAGUUCGAACAGAGAUGAAAUUCUAGAAGAGGAUUCAGAUUUUGAGGAUGAUGGUAUCAUUCCCACCAUCCACAUAUCCAAAGAAGAAAAGAAAAGAAUUUGUACGCCAUGGCUUAACUCACUCAUUAUCAAGGCCUUUGGGACUAAUAAAGCGGGCUAUAACUUCAUUUUUCCUAGGAUUAAGGCUCAAUGGAAGCCAAGAGGAAAAAUGGAUUGCAUUGAUUUAGGGCUUGAUUUCUUUCUUAUUCGCUUUCAUGAUAAAGAGGAUCUGAAUCGUGUUCUCCAUGGGGGACCAUGGUUCAUCGGACCUCAUUUUCUCACAGUCAGAAGAUGGGAACCUUCCUUUGACCCCGCCAAAGCCACUUUCAAAACCACGACGAUAUGGGCGAGACUCCCGCACCUGCCUAUUGAAUAUUACGAUGUCCAAAUCCUUGAAAGAAUUGGGAAUAUGCUGGGCACCCCUCUUCGAUUAGAUGCUUAUACUGCCCAUCAAUCGAGGGGUCAAUAUGCUAGAAUUUGCAUUCAAGUUGAUCUCGACAAACCUCUUGUGCCCUUUGUUCAAAUUGGAAAGCAUGUUCAAAAAGUCCUUUAUGAAGGACCUAUUGCUUUGUGCUAUGCGUGCGGAUGCGUCGGACAUAAAGAGGACAAGUGUCCUCUCAAAACCCCUCAACCCAUGGCUAUUGUUGAGGAACAAUUGACAGAUUCCCAAAAUUCACAAGUUCCAGCUGAAGGAAAUUGUAAAGACUUGCCAGAUAGUCAAGGAUUUGGGCCAUGGAUGCUGGUGGAACAGCAAAAGAACAAAAAAAAGCAGAACCACUCUCAAAUCAACAACCCAGUGAGUUGACUCACUAGCUACUUCACCUCUGUUCUACUUUUCUUCUUUGCUUCACAGUAACUGCCGGCUCCCAAAUUUUUCCUUUUCCCUUCUCGGUUUUUUACCCCCAAUUUUCGACCCCCCUUAGAAACCAAAAGCCCCUCCUUUUUAUAGACAAAAGUAAAACCCAAUCCUAAUGUGCUUCUAAUACUCAGAUCCCAAUCCCUAAGAUAACAACCCAAUCCUAUUUGGAAUGGGGUUUCUUAGUUUUCCCCACAUCUACCCCUUUUCAAGUCUAGAUUCAUACCUUUUGAGUUUAGAACUCCCCACUUUGAAUCAAUUUCGAACUCUUCUUUUGCGCCUCUUGUUGAUGACUUUCAAUCUCCGAAAAUCUCUUCAAAACUUGAGUAGAUUUAGGGAUAAGCCAAGGAAAUUUUUAUGAUUUUUCUCAUGCCCACAUGAGAUCCUUUUGAUUUAUUCUUGAAAGUGAGAACGAUUGUGAAUUUCGGUUUUGUUUGUAAAGUUUGCUUGGUUUUGUCUCCAAUAUGGUCGUGAUAAUCGUGUGCCCGCUAGUGGGAGGUUUAUAAACGCUAGCACAUGUCGACAUGUUCGUGAUAGAACCGGUUCGCUCGUGGCCCUACUAGUGGGGAUUAUACACUAGUAACUUCUGUAGCCUGCCAGUGGGAGGUUUAUAACACUGGCCAUGACUAAUAGAGGAGACCACUAUGU